CAUGAAUUUGAUUCUAGUGACAAUUUGUCCUACUAGCUAUAUACUAGCUCUAAGCUGAGCUCUGAAGAUGACUGCAAUCAGCAAUAUGUCACUAGUAUUACUUCUCCUUAUAACAGUGAUAGUCAAGUCUAGAGGAGAACCUAUAAGUCUGUCAACCAUUCGAUACAAAUUCACCACCUGUGGUCACGGUGGUCGAAUAGGUCCUACGUAUGAGAUGUGUCUAGGCGAGUACACUAACACCUCGAUUCUCGCAAAUCCAGACAACUUCUUUUUCUACAAUAAAUUGCACUCCAGUGGAGAAUAUUUCGCAGGGGGACAAGGAUUCAGAAUUCCCACAACUGGCCGUUACAAUGUGACCGUAGCUGGUGCUUCUGGAGGAAGGGGAAUAUGUAACAUUGACAAAGGUAAAGGCUUGCUGUGGAGAGGGGAAUUGAACUUUGUAGCCGGUGAAGAGCUUUUGAUACUUGUCGGUCAAAAAGGAAGAAGUCCAUGUGAAAGCGAGGAUUUUGUGGGCGCUGGUACAUUGUGUCAGAAUCCACCAUUAAACGAAACUGAAUCCGCUGUGUGCAACGAAACUUGGUACUCUAGACUUUUACUGACUGUUCCAGACGACAGAGCUGAUUUUGUGUACGCGAAUAUAGGAGGUGGUGGCGGAGGAGGGGCUAGUUUGAUCCGAUUGAUUAAUCACACUUCGGACGGACCAAUACCAGCACAGUUUCCUCUUUUAGUGGCCCCAGGGGGCGGAGGAAGUGCAUGUUUAGCUGUGUACAAUGUGACCAAUCAAAUACAAGCAACAUUUCCUGACAGUUUAACAGAUAUGGAACAGUACGAGUUUUUUAUGAAUGCUAAAUAUUCACUGUAUGACCCUGAAGAUUCGGGCGGUCUAGGAAGAAGAGGAUAUGUUUACGAGCAGUCUAGCUUCAGGGGGGGUGCUGGUGGGGGGUACUUCACUACUCGGAAUUCUGGUGAUGUUGACGGAGGUUAUCUAAAUGCUGAAGAAAAUUUUGCUGAAGGUGGCUUUGAUUGUUCAAGACAGCUCUUUGAUUUGUUGACAUAUAUAGACUCUACAGAUAUUUACGGUGGUUUUGGUGGAGGUGGUGGGCAAUGUGGGGGUGGGGGAAGUGGUGGUGGUUUCUCUGGGGGGAGGUCAACAGGAGCGGACCACUCGUUACCAGGACAAGGUGGUUUCUACUAUAGAGUUGGUAGCAUUACCAGUGAUUAUCAAGACAAGAAAGAAACAGUGGAGACAAUUAGUGUUUCUUUGAACAAGUUUGACGAUGGAUUUGUAGAGUUUGUGUUGAGAGACUGUGGAUGUGGUGAGAUGUGCAUUAUCAAUGAAGUUGCCGACACUUUUGAAUGUUUUUGUCCUAAUAAUGAAACGGUAUUAGCCCUCAAUGGAUUCGAUUGUGCAAAAGACAUUGUAUUGGAUUUUAACGCCUCCUCGGAAGCAGCUGUUCUCAUCAAAGGCAUAACCUUCACACCUGUCUACUUGCCUCAGGCUAUCAGUCUGUUUGCAAUGAGCGGGGCUGCCUCAAUGAACGAUAACACAACAUCCUGUACCUUAGUGUUCUUUGGAGCUGAUUCAAAGCCUGCCUUGGCCACCAAUGUACUCACUGACAGAACAAGCAGUAACCUUGACCACCUCUCAGUGCUCCACUCUGAUGCUGCUAGCACCUACUCUCAGUCUGCCUAUCACAAGUACCUCCCCCGGGCAGUCACGGUAACAGGAGGUGUACUAGUGAGCGAGGGACACUGUCAGCUGCUGAUGGAGCAAGUUAAUCUCACCAUCAGCACUCAGAAUGUUUCCUCACUGCCUGUUUCUGCAAUUUCACUGGUACAAGACUAUAGCGACAAUGAGCUCAUUUCUCUCGCUCAAACAGUAUUUGGACUAGAUACAACCGCUGCAUCAACAGGACAAGAUACGACAACAGCUACUGAAUCUGCAACUAAAGUGUUUGGAGAGUUUUCGGAGGUUGUGUGGUCCCUGAUUGGCAUCAGUGUGUUGUUCUUUAUUGUACUAAUCUGUGUGACUCUUAUAGUGAUUGUCAGAUACACUUGGAAACGGUCAAGAAGUGGAAAACUAGUGAUAGAGUUACAACCACCGCCACACCUUGAUGCCAGCGCAGGGAGCAUGAUUCCAAACGCUUACUACCACGCAUUCUCAGUUCCACCAAAUGACCCGUUUGUGCCUAACCAAUAUAUUCGGGCCUGCCCCCCUAAGAAACUCGAUCAACACGACUACGAGAUUAUCAGCUUCUCUGAUUUUGACGAUUCUUCCAACAGAAGAACCACAACUGAUUACAAUGCAAUCACUGCGUCUGCACGAAACUUUCACACAAAAUUUGGAGUGACUGCUCCCGUUCAUGACUUCACCUCCUACAACAAGCACAGGGUGGGAGACCUGGGACAGCUAUGGGAGUACCCUCGAGGGAACCUCAUCUACCUGAGGGAGUUGGGAGAGGGACAGUUUGGAAAAGUCCUUCUCAUGAGAGCAAAAGGUAUAGCCAACUUCCAGGGAGCGAUCCCAGUGGCUGUGAAAACCCUCUCAUUUCGUGCUCCUAACAUGCUCCAGAAGUUCAUUGAAGAGACUAACCUUAUGAAGAAGUUUUGUCAUCCAAACAUUGUCAGUUUACUAGGAGUAAGUAGCCAUGACGUAAACGAGGACAGUGCUCCCCUGAUGAUACUGGAGUACAUGCCGUAUGGUGACCUGCAUGGAUUCCUUAAAAAGAACAAGCCCCAGCCCGAUAACCCUUCCACUAUAACUCCAGCUCACUUCUUUAGCAUCGGGAGAGACGUUGCUGAAGCUCUCUCAUUUCUGGGCUCACAAGGCUAUGUGCACAGGGAUGUGGCUGCUAGAAACUGCCUAGUGGGUCCUGACCUAAGCAUCAAGAUUGCUGACUUUGGGCUCUCUCGAGCUGUGCAGACAAAGAACUACUAUCGAGUGGAAGGAAAGACAGUGCUACCUGUGAAAUGGAUGGCUCCAGAAUCACUGAUUUAUGGAAUCUUUUCUACUGCCUCAGAUGUUUGGUCGUUCGGUGUUCUGCUUUGGGAGGUGGUGUCGUUUGGAGAACUACCUCUGGAUGCUUUGACCACCGAGGAACUUAUCGAAAUGGCUGAGACCAAAACACUGUGCCAUCAAAGACCUGAGAAUUGCCCUGAGGAGAUUCACAUGGUCAUGUGCAGCUGUCACCAAAACAACCCCACAGACAGGAUCGGGUUUGAAGAAAUCUUAAGGAAUUUUUCAAAAGACAAUAUUGAUGACUAUUUUGAGAAAACAAUCGAAUCCAUUUAAUUUUAAUUGAAGGCGGUUUUUACUUGUGCGAACCUUUGACAUUCCCCCCAUUCAUAGUGUUCUUUUUUAUAUUGCUGUCAGUGUGUUGUUUUACUACUUAGUCAACAGUAUGCUGUAGCCCUUCAAAACAUAGGAAUAUAUGAUUUACUCACACAAACACACGUGCACACAAACAUACAGCCAUGUCUAUCUAUAACUGUC